AUGAAAAUUUUGCUGGUUUUUGAUUUUGACAAUACAGUUAUAGAUGACAAUACUGACACCUCCAUUGUAAAGUGUGCACCCGAGAAAAAGCUUCCUGUUCAGCUGGAAAAUUCUUACCAAAAAGGAUUUUGGACAGAAUUUAUGGGCAGAGUCUUUAAAUAUCUGGGAGAAAAAGGCAUAAGAGAAGAAGAGAUGAAAAGAGCAGUGACAUCAAUACCUUUUACUCCAGGAAUGGUGGAGCUUUUAAGCUUUAUAAGAAAGCAUAAGGAUAAAUUUGAUUGUAUCAUUAUUUCAGAUUCAAACUCCAUCUUCAUAGAUUGGGUUUUACAGGGGGCCAAUUUCCGUGAUGUGUUUGAUAAAAUAUUUACAAAUCCAGCAGCUUUUGAUAGCAAUGGACAUCUCACUGUACAAUGUCAUCACACUCAUUCUUGUUCAAAGUGCCCAAACAAUCUUUGCAAAAAAGCCGUUUUGGUACAAUUUCUAGAUAAUCAGCUACAACAGGGAGUAAAGUAUGCACGGAUUGUUUAUAUAGGUGAUGGUAGAAAUGAUUUCUGUCCAAUAACCUUUUUAAAGAAGAGUGAUUUUGCCAUGCCACGAGACGGGUAUUCCUUGCAGAAGAUUCUCUCCACACCACCUCAGAAUUGUGAUCCUGUGCAGUCGGCUGUAGUAGUUUGGUCUUCAGGUCUUGAGAUAAUUUCUCACUUACAAUUUCUAAUAAAAGAGUAA